AUGGCAAUUCACAAUAAUAACGAGAAUGAAACUCUCAAAGUUUAUCGUGGAUUAUCUAUUGAUAGCAAACAUGUGAAACAAGAAUAUAAAAUAGGCUUAAAAUUUUUAUGGCCAACAUUUACGUGUACAUCAAGAAAUAAAGAUGUAGCACAUCUUUUUGGCAAUUAUGUAUUUGAAAUUGAUGCAACAGAGCAUGAUGGAAUAUAUCGUAGUGAUAUUGCAAAAUAUUCAGUGUUUCCAGAUGAACAAGAAGUUUUAUUCUAUCCAUAUAGUGGCUAUAUUGUUCAGAAUAUAAUAGAGGAUGCAAAAAUAAUUCAAUUAAAAUGCAUUGAUACGGCAGAAGUCGAAUCGAGCUCCGAAAAAAAUAUUCCACGUUAUGUUAAGCUUUUUGAUUCGUUGAGAAAUCUCUAUGUUUAUAUGUAUAAAGAUAGCAAUCGGGUUCAUGCGUCGUGGGGUUUUCAACCAAAUAGAAUAUUUUUAAUUUCAGACAAUAAGAGUGGUUAUUGGGAUGCGCCUUAUCGUUAUCAUCAUCGUAAUGGACAUUUUUUGGAUAUUGGAAAUAAUCAAUGGGAAGAAUAUCAAAACAAUAAUCUCUUUGCAAUGUUUGAGAGAGUUUAUGAUGAUGAUAAUGACUGA